CAAGAGCAGAAGCAAGUCAUAAAUCACAAAACAAAAUCAUCAUACAUGGCAGAGGGGCAAGAGGUGAAGCUGUUGGGUUCAUGGGUCAGCCCAUUUGUCUAAUAGAGUAAAAAUGGGCUCUCAACCUCAAAAACAUCCAAUAUGAAUACUUAGAACAAGAUCUCGUCAACAAGAGCAAUCUCCUCCUCACUUGCAACCUGUCUUUAAAAGAGUCCCAGUCCUCAUUCACAACGAUAAGAUUAUCUGUGAGUCCAUUGUCAUCAUGGAGUACCUCGACGAGGUUUGGAAAAACAACCCUAUUUUGCCUGAGGACCCUUAUGAGAUUGCCAUGGUUCGUUUUUGGACUAAGUUUUGAAGAAAAGUUCACUGAAGUGGUAAGGAAAGUGCUGUUUCUUGAUGGAGAACAACAAGAGAAUGAAGUGAAGAAUGCAAAAGAAGCCCUAGAAAGCAUUGAAGGAGAGCUCAAGGGAAAGAAGUUCUUUGGAGGUGAAACCAUUGGUCUUUUAGACCUGGUCUUGGGUUUUAUGACCAUAUGGCUAAACAUAAUUGAAGAAGUUUCUCAUGUCAAAGUGUUUGACUCACUCAAGCACCCUUCUUUGAGCAAAUGGAUGGAGGACUUUCUAGAAUUGCCAUUGAUCAAAGAAUGCUCACCAAAUAGAGAUGAGUUGGUGCCAUAUUUUCACAAGAUAAGAGAGCAAAUGCUGGCUUUGGCUGCCAAGAAAUGAGUGUUUUGUUUAUGUAGUUUUCUAUCUGGACAGAAAUUAAUCACAGAAUUGGACACAAUCCUUUCAUAUUAAUGUGGAAUUCACAUCAUGUGAAAGGGUUGUCUCUGAUUUUGUGAUUGAUUUCUAUGUUGUUAGACUUUUUUUUUUUGUUUGUUUUUUUAUUAUGUUUGGAUCUUAAAUUUAGGAAGAGAAUUUUGUAAAGGGAAAGUGAAAGAAAUAAAGUUUCUUCUUAUUUAUUUUCCUUCUAUAAC